AUGGAGCUCUUGGGCUCUACCCUGACAGCAACAUAUGCCCACCCGAGGCCGACGCCCUCAAAUUUUCUGCCUGCCAUCAGCACCAUGGCAUCAAGCUACAGGAACCGAUUCCCUCACUAUGCCCUGACCCACAGCUUGAGCCUCCCAUGGAGACCUAGCGCCUAUUACAAAGUUGCUGCCAUCACUCCAACUUUGGCACCCUUCUCCAAGAGUUCUCAGGGGCUCACUCCGAGCAACGCGCUCCCUUAUGUUUCCAACAGAACAGCCCUCUUUACUAGGUACACCCCUGAUGACUGGUAUAGAUCUAAUCUGACAAACUACAAGGAAUCAGAGGUGUCACGGAGCAAUGCUGAGCGGCUGAGGGUGGACACUUCCCGGAUGAUUCAAGACAAGGAUCAGCAGACAAGGAAAACCCAGUCGCAAUCCACAAAAAAUCUGGGAGAAAGAGUCAAUGAUAUAGUAUUUUGGAAAUCAGAGCUCAAUCAUGAAAUAGAUGAGAUGAUCGGGGAGACUAAUGCUCUUACAGAAAUGAAGAAGCGGCUGGAAAGGGCGCUGGCAGAAACAGAAGCACCGCUCCAGGUCGCCCAGGAAUGCCUGCUUCACCGGGAGAAGAGGAUGGGCAUUGAUCUUGUCCAUGAUGAUGUGGAAAAACAAUUAAUGACAGAGAUUGAUGUCAUCCACUCAUGCCAGGAGCGAAUGAGAAGACACUUGGAGAAGGCAAUGGCCCAGCUUGCAGCUAAUAGGGCAGCCCAGCAUGAGCUGGAAAAAGACCUGAGUGACAAGCAAGCAGCUCACCGAAUUGAUGACAAGUGUCACCAUCUCAGGAACACCUCUGAUGGCAUCAGCUAUUACCGAGGCGUGGAGCGUGUAGAUGCUACGAUUUCGGUGCCAGAAUCCUGGGCCAAGUUUACUGAUGAUAACAUUCUACGCUCGCAGAGUGAGCGGACCGCCUCCUCCAAGCUCAGGGAUGAUAUUGAAACACUGCUCGUGGUGACUGCCAAUGAAAUGUGGAACCAGUUUAACAGAGCCAAUGUUGCUUUUACCAACCGUAUCUCUGAAACAGCUGAUGCCAAGAACAAGAUUCAGGCCCAUCUGGCAAAGACUCUGCAGGAAAUCUUUGAGACAGAGAUGACCAUUGAAGCAAUUCGGAAGGCCAUCAGGGACAAAGGGCCUUCCCUGAAGGUGGCUCAGACCCGCCUAGACGAGCGCACACGGAGGCCCAACGUGGAACUCUGCCGGGACUCAGCCCAGCUACGCCUUGUGAAUGAAGUACAUGAAAUUGAUGAGACAAUCCAGGAUCUUCAGCAGAGGCUGAGAGAUGCAGAAGAUACACUUCAGACACUGGUUCACACCAAAGCCAACCUGGAACAUGAGCUUGCUGUCAAAGCAAAUUCUCUGUUCAUUGACCAGGAGAAAUGCAUGGGGAUGAGGAAGACCUAUCCCAACACACUGAGGCUGGUGGGAUACGCAUAGGCUG